CAGGUGUCCCACCGGGCACGUCGUCGUCCGAAGGUGCAACGCGACCGCGGAUACGGUGUGCUGUCUGCCGGCCCCACGAGACCCUGAAUGCGUGGAGAUGGUGACCGUGGUCCCGGGCCGGGGGCGUGCCUCCUCCAUCAGCCCGAGCUCCGUGAAGCUGCCUCAAAACUCAGUAUCCAGCAUGCCGUCAAAUCAGGACAGAAGUGCAGAGUCUUCAGUACCUAUGAGAGGAAAUCCGAACCAGCCCGAAGACAGCGUGGACAUCCCGACUGAGGCCCCUGCCGUCACCAGGGCCCUGCAUAGCCUGUAGGAUGUCAACGGCCCACAGGCUGUGGCAGGCGAAGGAUCCCGGGCCCUGGAGUGGUCCCCACAGCCCGACCCCCCUGCCCCCGCGGAGACGGCCGAGCUCCCCGUGGACCUGGAACAGGCAGGACAGUUGUGAGUCUGGAAGUUAAGAGAGAUGACAACAGCAUCUGUCCCAGCGAGGCUCCUCUCCCAGGGUUCAGUCGGCAGGGAAACCCCUGGGGAGAUCUGCACCCUGAUUUCGGGGGGGACCCUGCGUGCCACGAGGUGAGCAGCAGAGCCUGGCCUGGAGGCCGUGUGUGCACCCAGUGUCCCCCACAGUGGGGCUCAGGCAGCGUGGCUCCGCCAGCCCCACGCGGUGUCCUCACUCUGCCGGGACCAGGUGCCAGAGGGGUGGGGCUGGGUCUUUGCUGCCAUCUUAAAUGACUAUAAACCGAGAGGCUUAAAACCAGAGUCACACUGUCUCACAGUCUGGGGGCCAGGAGUCGGGUCAAGAUUCACAGGCCUGGUCCCUCGGAGGCUCCCGGAGGGUCCUUCCGUCCCUCUGCUAGCCGUGGCCGCUGGCAGCCCUUGGCGGGUAAACCCAUCCCUCCAGUUUCUGCCGCGGUCAUCCCAUGUCCUCCUCCUCCGUGUAUCUGCGCCUGUCUCUCCUCUCUUGGGAAUAAGUUGCUGCGGUUUGAAGCCACUCAGUCAAGGGUCACAUGUUCUAGAACGACUCAUUGUGACACUGUGCAAGCUCCCCUCCAUCUGCUGGUCCCUGUGGCUUUGUCUGUGGUGUCCUUUCAUAAACGAAAUCUUGGUAUCAGUGGAAUCAGGUCCAUCAGGUUUGAACCUCACCAGCCGUAGGUUUUACAUCUUGUUUGAGAAGUCCUUCACAUGCCCCAGUCACAGAUCCUUGACACUGACCUGCGUCUUCUUACUCAGCUUUACAAUUUUCUGGUUUUCAUUUGCAUGUUUAAUGCCCACGGACUUCCCUUCUGUGUACUAUAUGAGGUGACUAUGGCAACAGCGGAGACCAUGUGUCACCCAGACGAAUAUGAGGUUCCAGGCAAGCCUUCUUGCAGCAGAGUCUGCCCGGCUGGCUAUCACGUAAGCAGACCCAUAAGCCAGGACCACCCCAUCGGAGCCUGCUCGCCGUGCGAGCCUGGAACUUUCAGAGCUCAUCCCAGCGUGGAGACCCAGUGCAUGCUGUGUGCCCAGUGCAGAGAGGAUCAGGAAGUGGUGAAGCGCUGCUCCCCGACCAGCGACCAGGAGUGCCAGUGCCGGCAGGGCAAGUUCUUCUGCGACUCCGUGGACUGCACAGAAAGCUGCAUCCGGUGCUCAAGUUCUGGAGACCGGAAGCCGGAAAUCGAGGUGUCGGCAGGGCCAGGCUCCCGCCAUAGGCUCUCGGGAAGAAUCUCUCUCGCUUCCUCGGCUUUGCCGGCACUCCUUGGCGCUCCUUGGCUUGUGGACGCAUCGCUUCAGUCUCUGCUUCUGCCUUCCAGGGAUCUUCUCCCGUGCGCUCUGUCUCAGCAUCUUCACAUGGCCUUCUCUCUGUGUGCAUACAGUUUCCCUCUUGUGAGGAUGCUGCGUGGCCCAGCCUGGGUGCCGGGAAGACUGCCGUCCGCCCCGCCAGUCCCCUCCAGGCUCCGCCGCCUGCUGGCCCCGGGGUGUAUGUGCAGCUGCCCCCACGCCCCCCUGAGCUCGUCCCGGGACGCAGGGCCUCUUGCUGCCCUGCUGACAGGUCAGACCUGCUGCUGCUUCGAGGGACCAGAGCAAGAUCCCCCGCGGCCUCUGAACCCAGGGUUCCAUGUGAACAGGAAUGGAAACCCGGGGUCACCAUGGGCCUGCUGGUAUAAGGAUGUGCACACUUGCACUACCAUCUACUUCAUCACCGUCAUCAUCCUCAUCAUCAUCAUCAUCAUCGGCUCAAUUCCUGUAUGCUAUUUUGUUGUCUGCCGUAGGAGAAAAGGAAGUUGGAAUAUGCUAAGUGGCUCUCCCCCAGGAACCAGGCAGUCCAGCGACCUUGAGAAUGGCCCACCAGCCCCGGGUGGGGACACCAACCUAGAGUUGCUGAACAAAGGCCCGCUGACCUCCAAGGGCCCUGGAGGUGCUGAGCCGCUGCAGUUGGCUAACGGAGGUCUAGCAGCGCCAGGGCAGCCAGAAGAGCAGACCGAAUUCUCGAGGCCCCCAACCGCCGGCCAAGCAGAGCCAUCCACCUCUGUCGAUGGCUAGGAGCAGGAGCUCAGACCAUCCGCAAUGUGACGAGAACAGUUUUUGAAAGAUGUUUCCUGUGAUGCCAUCAAUAAGAACUUGUGCAAUCUGUGCUUGCUUCGGCAGCACAUAUACUAAAAUUGGAAUGAUACGGAGAAGAUUAGCAUGGCUUCUGCGCAAGGAUGACAUGUCCAUUCGUGAAGCGUACCAUAUUUUUGGACUCUAUGGGAGAAGGCAAGGGUGGGAUGAUCUGAGAGAACAGCAUUGAAACAUGGAUACUAUCAAG